AUGGGUCGUAGUCGAGAUCGCUCCUAUUCAAGGUCACGCUCACAUUCGCGUUCACGUUCAGGAUCACUUUCAUCAUCAAGCUCAGGUCGAACAGGCAAAGCACGAGAUUGGAAUGGUGAAGGUGGCUGUCGUUUACAUUUAUCAGAUUUAGCCAUGGGUGUUAGUCGACGGGAAAUUGAAAAACUUUUUCGUCCCUUUGGACCACUGAAUGAAGUCUGGGUCGCUUCGAAUCCACCCUGUUUUGCAUUCAUCAAUUUUCGUCAUCGAGCUGACGGAGAGCGUGCAAUGAAAGAAUUGGAUGGGAAAGCUGUCAACGGUUCACGCAUUGGAUUGAGUUGGGCCCGUCCAAGAAAUCCAGGCGGACGGGGAGCUCAUGCAUCCUAUCGUCGUAAGUUCUACAAACGUUCUUUAAACAAACAUGCAUCGUUACAUUUGUCAGGUUCACGAUCACCUCCAUAUCGCCGUGGUUAUCGAGAUUCGUAUAGUAGUCGUCGUCACGAUGAUCGGUAUAGUCGUCGUCGUUAUUCAAGAAGCCGAUCGCGCAGUCCAGGCUAUCGCCGUUCUGAGAGGAAAUAUCGGCGACGAAGUCCAAGUUCACAAUCAAGAUCACGAACACGAUCUCGUUCACGAUCCACUUCGUCUCGAGAUGGUCGACGCGAUCAACAAAACAAGAAAUACAAUCGAGACACUGAACAUCGUCGGCAUCGUUCGUCGUCACACUCAGAAAAUGGAUCACCAGGUCACAAGAAUGGAAAACGAAAUUCACGUAGCCCAAGUGCUGAAAAUCAUCAAGUGGCCUCAUCAAAUGGUCAUACAGAUGAUCAUCACGUUGAGGGUCAAACCAUGGUCAAACAAACAAACAUCACGACGAUGAUUAUUCUUUCUUUUUUCUUUAUGACUGAUACAGUUUCACUUGAACAAUUGGUUUACCUGUCCUUGGGAGAUCCUGAGGCAGGAGCAGUGAACUUCAAUGUGUUAAAAACUCUUCUUUUACAAAUGCUUAAAGCGAUGAAUUUAUUCAAUUAUAAACCGACAAUGACCGAUCAUGAUCAACGCGCAAUCAAAGAAGCGCUAUCGACUUCGACAACACCGCGACAACAUGUGAAAUUUGACCAGGACGGAUCGACGAGUCAAGUCGACGAAAGUGACGAUAUGAACAAUGAAAAUAAGCAAAAGAUUCAACGAAGAAAACGUGAUCGAAGUCAAGAUCGUUUGACAUCAUUAGAAGAGAAAGUCUCGCGUUUUGAAUCCCAAUUAAAUGCUCUAAACGAAAUACCAUCAAACUCAGAAAUUAUCGAUCGUGCUAAACAAAUACCUAAACAUACAUCUGAUGACAAAAGUUCUUCCAAAGCAGCAACUCGUCAAGGACCCAUACUUGAAGUUUGGCAAUAUACUCAAAUGGAGAAACGUCUAGAAUCGGCGGAAAACGGAAUAACACGACUCGCUUCAUUACUUCAAGAUCUUAUUUCCGAUAUGAAUGAUUUGAAAGAAUCGCAUGAAAACGUCAAACAAACAACUGAUGAACUGAAAAAACAACAGGACGAAUUGAAGCGUCUUGUUGAUGCGUUGAACAAAGAAAAACACGAUUGGGCAAAGAAAUCAGAUGUGGAGAAUUUAGAUGACAAAAUUCGCAACCUACAAAAUCUAUUAGCAUCACUACGUGAUCGUUUUGAUGAACUAGCGAAGAAAAGUCAUGAGCCAAACAUCGAUCCGGCUAAUUUCGUCACGUGGGAUCGAUUAGAAGAUGCAUUUAAUAGUGGUCGAGAAUCCAUAGAAAAAUCUCCUCAUCAACCAUCAACCGGUAUGGCUUCAACGCGAGACACACGACUCACUGAAAACCAAACAUCCGACAAACGAAAGGACCUAUCUGCUGGAGGACACGGAGCACCAUCGGAUAAACUUCUCAAACUUUUAGCGCUCUUAGGUACAUUGAAUGAUCGUCAUGAACAAUUACGAGCAUUAGUAGAAGAAUUACAAAAUAAAAAACUUGAUCGCGAUGAAUUCGAAGCAUUUAAAAAUCAGCAUAAAGAUUUAUUGGAUCGUCUUGCUGCACUCGAACGUGAUUUGCAAGAUAUUCUCUCGAAAGAACCAUCGGCACCAGCGGUACCUGUAGCACCAGUGAUCAUCCGAGAGGAACAACCACAGGCUGGACACCGAUCGGAUCAUUCAGAAGAUAUUGCCGAUUUUCGAACGGCUCUACAACGUCUACGUGAAGAUCUCGAUCGAUUGAAAAAACUUGUUCAAGAUCUGGUUAAUAAAGGAAAUCUAUCUUCACAAGAUAUUGAGAAAUUGAAGAAGCUGAUUGAACAAUUAGAACAAAAUAAAGCGGAUAAAACUUAUGUUAACAAUGAACUUGAUAAAAAAGCUGAUAAACGCGACUUGGAUAAUCGUGUUCUGAAGAAAGAUUUCAACUCUACUUGCAAUGAACUGUCGCAAAACAUCAACGAUUGCAUGCAGAAAUUCAACGUUCACGAAGAUAUUCAAAAACAAGAUUUAAACAAAAUGAAUACUGAUAUUGAUGGUAAAAUCAAUCGUUCUGAACUUGAUGCUUUACGUGAAUAUCUGGAGAAACAAUUGAAGAAAUUAAAGAGAUUAGCGAAAGAUUCACAACCCACUCAACAACAGCAUCAACACGUACCUAUUAUGUCUGAAGAUGAAGCAGCUGGUUUACGAAAGCCGCUUAUUCGUUUUCAUUGCAUCAGUUGUGAUCGUCCCAUUGACGUUCAACCACACCCACAACAGCCGAGUCUUCCAGCAAAUCUGGGUAUGCGUCCCAUCCAGUCACCCCGACCAUACACCACCUACGAACUGGACCAAAUUCGCCAAUUUCAAAAGAGUCAGCAGUUUAGCAAUGACCUCGGCGGCGGUGUGGCAGACGUAUACGCAACUGUUCGACAAUGCGGUGGUUCACAUACAACAACGCUACCAUUUAAACGUCAAAUCAAAACACAACCAACGGUAUCAGAAGAAGGACUUAUCGCUAAAAAUGAAGUUGAUAUAAAAGGUCAUGAUGGUGUUAUUUACAAGGGUAGAAUCGAUGUGAAUAAAUUACCUGCUGUCGAUAUGCAAAAGAAGACCUCAGUUGCUCUACUUACUCCUGCGCCGCCGCAACGAUUUCGAUCGGAUUCUCAUCCGAGUCCAUAUCAUCAUACAAUGAAUCAUGGAUCUUUUGCUAAUAACGAUCAAGAGCUAAAUGACGUGACUCCGGUUAUUCCAAAUCUUGAACCAGCUUUACCGCGCGAAGAAACCUUUACUUAA